CGUGAAGGCGGAUAUCGUCUGACUUCUUACUUCCUGGUGUCACGAUAAUUUCUGUCCCCAACAUGGCGAACGUUGCUGCUGCUGCCUCGGCUGCUGCGGCCGCGGCUGCUGCGGCGAACAGAGACCCAGCAGUUGAUCGUUCCUUGCGAUCGGUGUUCGUGGGUAACAUUCCGUAUGAAGCUACAGAAGAACAACUGAAAGACAUCUUCUCUGAGGUCGGACUUGUUGUAAGUUUCAGGUUAGUAUAUGACAGAGAGACAGGAAAACCAAAGGGAUAUGGCUUCUGUGAAUAUCAAGACCAGGAGACUGCUCUUAGCGCCAUGCGUAACCUGAACGGGAGAGAGUUCAGUGGUCGUGCUCUCCGUGUUGACAAUGCUGCCAGCGAGAAAAACAAGGAAGAGCUUAAGAGUUUGGGAACAGGAGCCCCCAUCAUCGAGUCCCCUUAUGGAGACAGUGUCCAGCCAGAGGAGGCCCCGGAGUCCAUCAGUAGAGCUGUGGCCAGUCUGCCACCGGAGCAGAUGUUUGAACUUAUGAAACAGAUGAAGCUAUGUGUGCAGAACAGUCCCCAGGAGGCAAGAAACAUGCUGCUGCAGAACCCUCAGCUGGCUUAUGCUCUGCUGCAGGCCCAAGUAGUCAUGCGGAUUGUUGACCCAGAGAUAGCUUUGAAAAUGCUCCAUCGUCAAACUACAGUCCAGCCUCUUGUUCCUAGCGGCCAAGGUGGAGGAGCACCACCAGUCAAUCCACCUCCUGCGCAGUCCAGUGUGCCGGUAUCUCAGCCACAACCUUUGCCAGGAAUGCAUGUGAAUGGAGCCCCUCAGAUGAUGCAGCCUCCCAGCAUGGGGGUUGUCCCUGGACCAAUGCCUGUACCAGGUCCAGGACCAGGAGCAGGACCAGUCGGCCCUCCAGGAAACCUUCAGCAUUCUCCCACAGGAUCGUCUGGGCAAGCUGCUAUCGAGCGGCCACAAGGACCAGGUGGCAUCCCCCCCAGAGGCCUGCUGGGAGAUGGACCUAAUGACCCCAGAGGAGGAACUCUGCUCUCUGUCACUGGAGAAGUCAUUGACCCGAAUCGGGGUUACAUGGCAGCCCCACCACCCCACCACCCAGGACAUCAAGCUCCGCCUGUACACAUGAGCCAAAUGCCAACCGGACCCCCAAUGGACAUGAGAGCUCCACAAAUUGGUGAACCAAGAAAUGUAAUGGGAGACCCCCGCGUGCCAAUGAUGGAGCCGCGGGCCCCUCCGAUGGAAACCAGAGGUCGAGACCCGAGGGCGAUGGACGCCCGUGGCCCAGUGGUGGGACAGCGGGUCCCCAUGGCAGGAGCAAUGCCAGGCCCCAUGCCUCACGGCAUGGGUCCAAACCCAGUUCCACCUACAAGACCGGGUCCUGGUAUUUCUGGUGUGCCACCGUCGGGAGGAGGGUUCAGUCCAGGACAGAGCCAGGUGUCCACACAGGACCAGGAAAAGGCUGCUUUGAUCAUGCAAGUUCUCCAGCUGACCCCGGAACAGAUUGCCAUGUUGCCCCCAGAGCAGAGGCAGAGCAUCCUCAUCCUGAAGGAGCAGAUUCAGAAGACGGCUGGCGGAGCACCGUGACCACUUCAGCUUCAAGACACAGGACUCCACCCAGCGCUUGUCACGUUCUGCUUGACUCUGGUUUUAGUUUGGAAUUUUGUAUAGUUUGUUUUUUCUUACCACAUUAUUUCCUGUAGGAAAGAGUUUUUGUUUGUGGACUAAAUGUUAUUCCCCAAAGCCGACUGUUCUCAGCUGUGAUAUUGUUUUGUCAAUAAAACAACAAAAUAAACGUA